CUUUCAGACGGGCGAAUGAUUGGAUCGGGCCAUAUUGCAUCGCUGACCGUCCAUGCAGAAAGCUUCUAUCACUAUGGCAUUGAACAGAUCCCACGAGAUUGCUUCGAUCGCAGCCCGGCAUUUAUUAAGUCUGAUGGAUUUGACUUCUUUUGGGUACGCCGAUUGCUCUUUUUCCAAAAUUUUUUAAUUUUGGAUUUCUCUAACGAUUUGAUGAGUUCCAUUCCAAAUAAGGUUAGCGAUUCUUCCAGGUCUUGGAAUCCAAGGUACUAUUUUUGGGAAGACCUUUACCGAAUGCUGAUGGACGUCGACGAAGCGUUUUCAUGCUACAGCUACUCUAGAAAUUCCAGGCCUUCGGGGAGCUUCAAGUGUCCUUCAUCCAUCUCUCAUUCAACCAUGUCUACCAUACAAGAACGGAAUACGGCACCGGAGCAUCAGGAUUUUAAACUUGUUUCCCAAGCGUCGAAAGAUGUGAUGGACGCCAUGAAAGAGUCGGCGUCAACCGCGCGGAACGAGAACGUACCGACUUCGGGACAGACGGACAGUCUCGCAAACGAAUACAAGGAAACUUUGACUCAAACCUACAAAGGAGUUCCUGAUGUCGAGCCGCUAUCCUUGUUGAAGGCAGUCGUCAGUGAGAAAAAGUGAUGACGUUCAUCAUCGUUCCCGACGACCGAAUCAACGAGCUGAUUCCUGCCGCCAUCGACAAGUCAAAAGAUAAAAAAAAAGGUGGGGAGGGACUCGUGUCGGAAAUUCAAAAUUCCCUAUC